AUGAGUAUGGCAGAAGCGAUGCUGUGUAGCUUCCAAGAAGGUCAGAAAAGGCCAGACAGCUUCCAUCUGGUUCUCUUGGAAGCCUUGUUCUUGGAAUGUUCCCUCUUGUAUCCUAUCAGCCACACUAUGAGAAGCCCAAGGCACACAGAGAGACCACAUAUAGGUGCCCUGGUUAAAAGCCCCACUGAGCCCAGCUUGGAGCAAGCCAGCCCAGGAGCCAGCCAUGUGAGUGAAGAUGCCAUGUUGGGAGGGAAUCCUCCAGGCUCAGCUAUCCAACAUUUCCAGUUGAGGCCACAGACAUCACAGAGUGGAGACAAGCCAGUUCUACUGUGCCCUUUCCACAUUCUUGACCCACAGUCUGAUAGUUGCUGUUUUAUGUCACUAAACUUGGGAGAGUUAGUUAUGCAGCAAUAG